GAUGAACUCUUGCAGUGCAAGUGUUUUUCAACAAAGCGUCCAAGACUCGGCUCUCGUCCCUUCCACUUCUGGCGUCGCUCUUGGAUCCACAAGAGGUAAGAAGAUCUCGUUAGAAAAUGCCCGAGCAGAGUAAUGAUUACAAUGUCGUGGUGUUUGGGGCUGGGGGUGUUGGAAAAAGCUCCCUGGUGCUACGUUUUGUCAAAGGGACCUUUCAUGAAACCUACAUUCCAACCAUUGAAGACACCUACAGGCAGGUGAUCAGCUGUGAUAAGAGUGUCUGCACCCUCCAGAUCACCGACACAACCGGCUCGCACCAGUUCCCAGCAAUGCAGCGGCUCUCCAUUUCCAGGGGUCACGCUUUCAUCCUGGUCUACUCCAUCUGCAGCCGCCAAUCGCUGGAAGAGCUGAAACCCAUCUAUCAGCAGAUCCUGCAGAUCAAAGGCAACAUCGAGACCAUCCCCGUCAUGUUGGUGGGGAACAAGUGCGACGAGACGGCCAAGGAAGUGGACAGCAAGGUUGGGGAAGCCUUGGCCACGGAGUGGAAGUGUGCUUUCAUGGAGACCUCGGCCAAGAUGAACCACAACGUCAAAGAGCUUUUCCAGGAACUGCUUAACUUGGAAAAGCGGAGAUCCAUGAGACUGAAUAUUGACGGGAAGAAGUCCAAACAGCAGAAGAGAACAGAGAAAUUAAAGGGGAAAUGCAGCAUCAUGUAGACUGCAUUCUGUAGACAAACGGACAGCUUUGCUUAUUUCAAUUAGUCUAUUAGGUCAGUAAAUGUGGCACCAUCCCCCGUUGCAUAUUCACUCAACAUCCUGUCCUUUGUAAGCUGACUAAAGCAUUAUAACCUCCCUACAUCACAUUUACUUUCCUUCACCCAUUGUACUUGCUAAUUAUUUAGAGAGUUUAGGCAAUAAAACCUCUUAAAAACAUAAUCAACAAAGAAUAUAAUUUGAUCCAAGGCAAAAUUCAUAACUAAAGCAGAAAAUGUGCUUUAACCAGCUGCCACUGGAAUCACCCCCUUAAAGUCCUUUGACUUUCUCCCAGGUAUUCUUCAUGGCAUUAAAGGUAAGAUGGGGGUUUCCUGUAUAAUCCUUGUAGGUUUGAUUAAUUCAUCUACUUUUAGUCUUAUCCACCCCUGUAUCAUAAUGUAAUUUACUGAAUGUAUUAACUUUUUAAACUUAUAUUAUAUCAAAAGCACAUUCUCUAUAAUCGCUGUAGAUUUUGUGGCCCGUGGCAUAAAUAGCCACAAAAUGAGCAUUCAAUCAAUGACUCUUGAAUAGUCGGGCUGCACAGCUUUAGAAGUUUUCUAACUAUAUUCCGCCUCGUUUAAUUGUUAUUGGUUACUUUUCAUUUCAAAUAUUGUUGUGGUAACUAGGAGAUACCAGGAUAAACAAUGAUAUUUUAAAAGCACAAAUGGGAGCAAGUCAAGCAACAUACAAAGCGUGUGUCAAAUAUUCACACAGAUACGAAACAUGGUAUAAGUGCCUAUAGAGAGGUGGGGGAGUUAAGAGAGUGUUAACAAGUUAAGCCACCACUAUUUUGCACUGGACUCCCAGAUUGAAUUUAGAUUUCCUUUGUUUCAACAUUAAAACUUUGUACAGUGCAGAAUUACACCCCUGAUAGUUGAGGGUGUAUU